AUGUCAAUCGUCACUGUCCACAUAGAUAUUGAUCAUAACUCAGAACUCGAGAUAAUAAAGGAUUUCCUACUCAACUUCAAGACAAGCCCUCCUAGAGAGGAUGCUAUGGAUAUCGAUGGCGAAGAGGUAGUUGAUAAUGAGGGAACACUUAAAUACAGGAUACAACUGCAACAAAUAGCAAACCGAAGACAAAAAUCGUUGUGCAUUGAGCUUGAGGAUAUAGCCACGUUUCAAAAGACUCAUGAUGAAUUGUUUAAACGCAUAACUAAAAAUGGCAAGAGAUAUGUUGACCUAUUUUGUCGCGCGAUAGAUGUAAUAAUGCCUUCGUCGACAGUAGAGUUGAGUGUAGAGGAUGAAGAUAUGGACUGGAGAAUCCACGAUCUAACGGAGAAGGCUAAGGCAAGCGACCAGAGCAUGGGACCUGCGUUUCCACCUUCGUUGCUAAGGAGAUACCACAUUUACUUAAUUCCGUCAUCUCAAUUACCCACAUACGCAAUCCGUCAAAUGAGGGGCGACCGUUUAGGCCAGCUAGUGAUAGUUCGAGGCAUGAUUACCCGAGUCACGAAUGUUAACCCAUUUGUGCAAGUAAAUACAUAUUUAUGCGAUCUCUGUGGCGAGGAGACGUUCCAGGAAAUAACCAAGAGGACAUUUAUGCCAUUGACACAAUGCACAUCAGAACGAUGCACAAAGAAUAGCGUUGCUGGGCACUUGCACAUGAAUGUUAGAGGAAGCAAGUUUGUACCAUUUCAAGAGGUUAAGAUGCAGGAAUUGACAGAUCAAGUUCCUGUAGGCCAUAUCCCUCGUUCAAUGACUCUUCACCUUUAUGGAUCCAUCGCCCGCUCACUCAACCCAGGGGACAUUGUCGAUGUGGCUGGCAUUUUUCUUCCUAUUCCAUAUACAGGCUUUAAGGCUUUGCGUGCUGGUCUUCUAACUGACGUAUAUCUUGAAGUACAUAACGUGACUCAACUCAAACAACAAUAUGAUAAAAUGGAAACCACACCCGAGAUACAUUCUCUUAUUACAAAGUUAUCUCAAGACCCAGAGGUCUAUACGAAAUUGUCUAAAAGUAUAGCACCUGAAAUCUACGGUCAUGAAGACGUGAAAAAAGCAUUAUUGCUACAAUUGAUUGGAGGCGUAACCAAGCAGAUGGGAGAUGGAAUGAAGAUUAGAGGAGAUUUGAAUAUUUGCUUGAUGGGAGAUCCUGGAGUCGCCAAGUCACAGUUGUUGAAAUAUAUAUCUAAAGCUGCUCCCCGAGGAGUUUAUACUACUGGAAGAGGAAGUUCUGGAGUGGGUUUAACCGCUUCUGUUUCUAGAGAUCCAGUGACUAGUGAGAUGAUUUUAGAGGGUGGCGCAUUAGUUCUAGCGGAUAAUGGCAUAUGUUGCAUUGAUGAAUUUGACAAGAUGGACGACACUGAUCGUACAGCUAUUCACGAAGUAAUGGAACAACAGACUAUUAGCAUUUCGAAAGCUGGUAUUACAACGACUCUGCAUGCACGCACAUCUGUUCUCGCAGCAGCCAACCCUCUGUAUGGGAGGUACAACCCUAAAGUAUCUCCAGUGCACAAUAUCAACCUCCCGGCUGCAUUAUUGUCUAGAUUUGAUAUUUUGUUUCUAAUUCUGGAUACACCCACACCAGAAGAUGAUACUCGGCUGGCGCAACAUAUUACUCACGUACACAUGUACAAGAAACAUCCAGAUAUGGAUUUUGAGUCAUUGGAUACCUUGACGAUAAGACAUUACAUUUCUGAAGCACGCAAGAAGCGCCCGGUGGUCCCGGGAGAUAUCACAGCCUAUGUCGUUAAUGCAUAUGUCAACUUGCGACAAAAGCAAAAACAAGAUGAAUUGCGUCAGAAAGAAUUCACACAUAUUAGCCCGCGUACUCUCCUCGCUGUUCUUCGUCUAUCGCAAGCUCUUGCUCGUUUAAGGCUAAAAGACGUUGUAGAUCAAUCCGAUGUAGAUGAAGCAUUGCGUCUGAUCGAUGUCUCAAAAUCAUCGUUAUAUGAAAAACGCAGUGACGAAGCGCAUAAUAUCGACAGAACUCCGACGACGGCACUUUAUAAUCUUAUUCGAUCAAUGGCAAGACAGGGUAAGAAGAAAGGUCCAUUGAAGAAUUUGAAAUACGUAGAUAUUAAAGAGCGCGCCAUCGCUAAGGGAUAUACAGAGCAGCAGUUGUUGCAAUGUAUUACAGAGUACGAGGAGACGGAUGUGUGGACUCUGAGCAAUCAGAGGACAAAGUUAACUUGGAUUAAUGGUGGCGGUGAUGACGAUAGUUGA